AUGAAGUCUUACAAUUUAAAUCCAGAAAUCCCAAAUCAUGCUCAAGCUAGAGCAAAUGCUAUGAGGCUUUUGCUCCAGUCAGAGAGGAAAAGAAGUAUUCAGAGCUUGUCUACUAUGAAGAGGCUGAAAGGUCUUCGAGCUCCUAAAAGGAAUACUCAACAUCAGAUAAACAUCACUGUUACUACAUGAGACAACAGUAAGUUUUUGGGUAACCAAGAAUUAAAAAUUUCCAAGGAAGAAAUUAAUGAAUUUAUAGUAACAAAGUCACUAGAAAGAAUCUCUAACUGUUCAAUUCGACAGGAUAUGGUUCCUUCUUCACAACUUGAAAAGGUUCCGAAGCUAACUCAGAAGGUACUACUAGAGGGUAGAAGAUCAAAACAAGGUAUUCCAAGGGAGAAAAAAUUCUCUAGAAUGCUUAAAAGAGUCCGGAUGAAUCUCCAAGACUGGCACUCGCACUCAAAAAUGAGGAAGAUAUUCGACGAUGUGAGGAGAUCAGGUAUGAUUUCGUUGUUACAAUUAGUUGACUCUGGGAAAGAACUAGUCCUUAAAGAUAUUGGACUAAAAAGAACACCUAUAUUCAAAAUCCAAGAAAGGGAGAAUCUUGAGAGGCAAAGAGCAAAGCGCAAGAACUUCUUCAUGAAUCUCAGAGCCGACCAGGAGUGCAUCAGAACAUCUCAAUUAGGGAUUAACUGGGAAAGAUCCUAUGAUAGCCUUGAAAGAGUUCUAAAUGAAGGCAAAUUCAGAGAAGGCAAUGAAGAGAAGAGUCCUCAGCAUAGCAUCAGCCAUCCCUAUAUGACAAAAUUUCUCAGAAGUAACGACAAAACUAUUGGAAAGCAUUUGAAAUUACUCCAAUUUCGAAGAGGAAGUUUUCAGGUUCAUGAAUCCUUCUCCGAAGAUAAUGGUUAGGAGUGCUCUCUGGGG